UAUAUGUGUGUUUUCUUUUUUCCAGUUUGUUUCUAUUAAAGUUCCAAAGUCAGCAUUCGAGUGGUGAAGAAGUUUCAAAGAAAUUUCACAAUUUAAAGUUUUCGUGCAUUCCUUAUUUAAGGGAUUCGUGAAAAGCCAAGUAUCUUUAUAAAUAUACAUUUCCAUUCAGCAAAGUGACUAGAGUCAUUCAUCAUUCACGUUUGAAUUAAUCUUUCUUCUCUUCUACCAAUCCAGAUGACCUUUAUAUCACAAUUUCCAGUUCUUUUGCUUUUACUUAUUUAUGCUUUUACAUUACAAAAGAUUGUGUGCAACAAUCUGAACCAAGUUCGCUGCAAUGAGAAGGACCAGCAAACGUUGGAAAUCUUUAAACAGGGUAUUAUUGAUCCAUCCAACAACCUCGUCACAUGGUCGAGUGAACAAGACUGCUGUGAAUGGAAAGGAGUUCACUGUGACAAUACCACAAGCAGAGUAACAAAACUUGAUCUAUCCGGACAAUAUCUAGAAGGUGAAAUCAAGUUAUCUUUGUUGGAACUUCAAUUUCUAUAUCAUUUGAAUUUGAGCUAUAACUCCUUUGAUGUUAUUAGCAUUCCACCAGUUCAGAAUGAUGUCAUAUUUGGCUCUAACCUCCAUUAUCUUGACUUAUAUGAUAAUUAUGAUAUUUCCAUGGACAAUCUUGUUUGGCUUUCUCAAUUUUCUUCGCUGAGAUACCUUAAUCUUGGUUUUAUAAAUCUUCGUAAUGCUACCAAUUGGCUUCAUUCGUUGGUUAUGCUCCCUUCUUUGUUCGAUUUACGAUUACCUUUUUGUCGACUAAACAUCACUUCGUCUCUUAAACAUGUGAAUUUUACUUCACUUGUAACUAUUGAUCUUUCAGCCAACUAUAUCACCUCAAAAUCAUUGCGUUGGUUGUUUGAUCUUCAAAGGUUUUCUCAACUUCAUUCUUUGAAAUAUCUUGACCUUAGCGGAAUUGAUCUUCACGAAGAAACCAACUGGCUUUUAGCUAUGCCUCCUUCAUUAUCAUAUCUAUACUUGAGCAAUUGUCAACUAACCAACAGAAGUCCAUCUUUAAAGCAUGUGAAUCUUGCUUCACUUGUCACUCUUGAUCUUUCUCAUAACCAUUUUAACUCUGAAUUGCCACAUUGGUUAUUUAAUCUCAGUCAUGAUCUCUCUCAUCUUGAUCUUAAAGACAGUAGUUUAUAUGGUGAAAUACCUUCAAGUUUUUUCAACUACCAAAAUUUGGUAUACCUUGAUCUAUCAGGCAACAUGUUUUUUGGUUCCAUUCCUUUGACUUUGGGAAAUCUCACAUAUUUGGAAUACAUUGAUUUAUCGGGCAACAUGUUUUCUGGCUCCAUUCCUUUGACUUUGGGAAAUCUCACAUAUUUGGUUUCCCUAAGCCUUAGCUCUAAUUCCUUUUCUGGUACAAUAUACUCAAAAGUCACUUUCUAUUUUGUCGAUGUCGAGCUCAAAAAUUUCAUUUGUAGAACAAGAAAAGUUUUGGGGCCUAAUAGCUGGUAUUGAUGAUAUGAUCAAUUUAUCCAACAACUGCAUUAGUGGAGACAUAUCCAACUUUUCGCUAAA